UAUUAAUAUUGGUUCGCAGAAUAUGAUUUUAUAGAAAGCAGAAAACACACCUGUAUUUAACACUUACUUAGGCACCAGGUAUUACAUAAAGGGGAGGAGUCUUUUUGGGAACUAGGUUUUUCUCGGGAAUGGUGCAAUCGACCCUUCCCCGGGGACUUAAAGAGUUUUCUCUGCGUUUGAGGCUCAGUUGCUGGGGAGACUGAACCACGCGCCAGGUCGUGUUAGGCGCUAAGGAAGGCAUUCAUUCCGAUUCCUUUUGACCUUCUCAAGAUGGCGCCAAACCCUUCACUUCAGUCAUCACUCCCUGACUUCCUCUACGGCCUUCACUUCCUGUGCAAAGACCCAACAUCUGUCCGAAGUUGCGACGGGACACAUGCCGUGUUGGGGUGUUCUUAUUCUGAGAGAACUUUUACACCUAUGUAAAAGCAAUACGAAGUUUCAUGCAUUCCGAGAUUUUCCCGCCAUUCGAGGCUCGCAGUUUCUCCUUCGGUAGUAGGGAGAGCGGGGGUUUGAUCAGGCGCACGCCGCGGGCAGCUUCUAUUUCAGCGGGUCUUCGGCGGCCGCGAGAAGACCCGGGAGUCACUGGAAGCGCAAGAUGGCGACGGCGGCCGCAACAUCGACUUCAGAAACGGAGGCUGAGCCCAAGGCCGGGCCCACCGCAGAGGGCGAGGAGGAUGACGUUAAGACGGCUAGGACGAGGAGGAAGGUGUUAUCGCGGGCCGUGGCCGCUGCGACGUACAAGGCCGUGGAGCCCGGGUGGGACCAGCCGGAGGAAGGUGUGAGUGAGAGCGAUGGGGACGAGGAGUACGCCAUGGCUUCCUCCGCGGAGAGCUCCCCCGGGGAGUACGAAUGGGAGUAUGACGAAGAGGAGGAGAAGAACCAGCUGGAAAUCGAGCGGCUGGAGGAGCAGCUGUCUAUCAAUGUCUAUGACUACAACUGCCAUGUGGACCUGAUCCGGCUGCUCCGGUUGGAGGGGGAGCUUACCAAAGUGAGGAUGGCUCGCCAGAAGAUGAGUGAAAUCUUUCCUUUGACUGAAGAGCUCUGGCUGGAGUGGCUGCAUGACGAGGUCAGCAUGGCUCUGGACGGCCUGGACAGAGAGCACGUGUACGACCUCUUUGAGAAAGCUGUGAAGGACUAUAUUUGUCCUAACAUUUGGCUAGAGUAUGGCCAGUACUCAGUCGGUGGAAUUGGUCAGAAAGGUGGCCUUGAGAAAGUCCGCUCUGUGUUUGAAAGGGCGCUCUCAUCAGUUGGCUUACAUAUGACCAAAGGACUCGCCAUCUGGGAGGCUUACCGGGAGUUUGAAAGUGCCAUUGUGGAAGCUGCCCGGCCCAUAGCUGGCUUCCUUUCCCCUUUUGACUGGGAACAAACCUUUGAUUCACAGCUGGAGAAAGUCCACAGUCUCUUUCGGCGACAGCUGGCGAUCCCACUCUAUGAUAUGGAGGCCACAUUUGCAGAGUAUGAAGAGUGGUCAGAAGACCCAAUACCAGAGUCGGUGAUUCAGAACUAUAACAAAGCACUACAGCAGUUGGAGAGUUACAAACCCUAUGAAGAAGCACUGUUGCAAGCAGAGGCGCCCAGGCUGGCUGAAUAUCAAGCGUACAUUGAUUUUGAGAUGAAAAUUGGUGACCCUGCUCGUGUGCAGUUGAUCUUCGAGCGUGCCCUGGUCGAGAACUGCCUUGUCCCAGACCUGUGGAUCCGCUACAGUCAGUACCUAGAUCGGCAGCUGAAAGUAAAGGAUUUGGUUUUAUCUGUACAUAAUCGUGCUGUUAGAAACUGCCCGUGGACGGUUGCCCUAUGGAGUCGUUACCUCUUGGCCAUGGAAAGACAUGGAGUUGACCAUCGAGUGAUUUCUGUGACCUUUGAGAAAGCUUUGAGUGCUGGCUUCAUUCAAGCCACUGAUUAUGUGGAGAUUUGGCAGGCGUACCUUGAUUACCUGAGGAGAAGGGUUGAUUUCAAACAAGACUCCAGUAAAGAGCUGGAAGAGCUGAGGUCUGCAUUCACUCGCGCCUUGGAGUAUCUGAAACAGGAGGUCGAGGAGCGUUUCAAUGAGAGCGGAGAUCCAAGCUGUAUGAUCAUGCAGAACUGGGCUAGGAUCGAGGCUCGACUGUGCAAUAAUAUGCAGAAAGCUCGGGAACUCUGGGACAGCAUCAUGACCAAAGGGAAUGCCAAGUAUGCCAACAUGUGGCUCGAGUAUUACAACCUGGAAAGGGCACACGGUGACACCCAGCAUUGUAGGAAGGCCCUGCACCGGGCUGUCCAGUGCACCAGCGACUACCCGGAGCACGUCUGUGAAGUGUUGCUCACCAUGGAGAGGACAGAAGGUACCCUAGAAGAUUGGGAUAUAGCUGUUCAGAAAACCGAAACUCGAUUAGCUCGUGUUAAUGAGCAGAGAAUUAAGGCUGCGGAGAAGGAAGCAGCCCUCGCCCAGCAAGAAGAAGAAAAGGCCGAACAGCGGAAGAGAGCGCGGGCUGAGAAAAAAGCGCUGAAAAAGAAGAAAAAGACCCGAGGCGCCGACAAGCGCAGAGCAGAAGAGGAUGAUGAGAAGGAAUGGGGCGAUGAUGAAGAAGAGCAGCCUUCCAAACGCAGAAAGGUGGAGAACAGCACUCCUCCAGCCGGGGAAGCACAGGGCCUGGAGGCAGAAACAGGACUCUUUGGGAAGAGUGCACCUGUAGACGUUGACCCCCCCUCCAAGCAGAAGGAGAGGGCGGCCGCCCUCAAGAGGGACGUGCCCAGGGUGCCCCAUGACAGCAGCAAGGACAGCAUCACCGUCUUCGUCAGCAACCUGCCCUACAGCAUGGGCGAGCCGGCUGUGACACUCCGGCCGCUCUUCGAGGCCUGUGGGGAGGUGGCAGAGAUCCGCCCCAUCUUCAGCAACCGGGGCGAUUUCCGAGGCUACUGCUAUGUGGAGUUUAAAGAGGAGAAGUCGGCCCUGCAGGCGCUGCAGUUGGACCGGAAGACUGUAGAAGGGAGGCCGAUGUUUGUUUCCCCCUGUGUGGAUAAGAGCAAAAAUCCUGAUUUCAAGGUGUUUAGGUACAGCACUGCCCUGGAGAAACACAAGCUGUUUGUAUCAGGCCUGCCUUUUUCCUGCACUAAAGAGGAACUAGAAGAGAUCUGUAAGGCUCAUGGCACCGUGAAGGACAUCAGGCUGGUUACCAACCGGGCAGGCAAACCGAAGGGCCUGGCCUAUGUGGAGUAUGAAAAUGAGUCCCAGGCAUCACAGGCUGUACUGAAGAUGGAUGGCAUGACUAUCAAAGACAAUGUCAUCAAAGUGGCCAUCAGCAAUCCCCCUCAGAGGAAGGUUCCAGAGAAGCCAGAGGCAAGGAAAGCUCCAGGUGGCGCCAUGGUGCCUCGGCAGAUUUAUGGAGCGCGGGGGAAGGGGAGAACCCAGCUCUCCCUGCUGCCCCGAGCCCUGCAGCGCCCGAGCGAGACAGCCGCCCAGGCCGAGAACGGCCCUGCCCCGCAGCCGGUGGUCACCGCCUCAGCAGCCGAGGCACCCAAGAUGUCCAAUGCUGAUUUUGCCAAGUUGCUUCUGAGAAAGUGAACGUGACUCCUUAGAAGGGAAAUGCCUUACUGCACACUGGCCAGGAAGAGCACCCGGCACCCAGCUAUACUCUGGGUAUGGAAGGGCCCGGGGCAGCACCCCUCCUACGUAUUUUCCUCGGGGUUAGAAAGGGAUGAGGUGUCCAAGGAAGGAGGCUUGAAGCACUCCCUCAUAUUGAGGGCAAUAGGAGGAAAAUGAUCACUCCAUGGGUUGGGCCCAGUGUGUAGUUUCUUAAGCUAUUUUUGUGUCUUAUAGAGUGAGAAACAGAAGUGAAACUCAAACACACCGUUUUGAGACCCGCUUGUCCAAAUGUUUUCGGCCAGCUCUGACUCUCUUUUAUAAGACACUUCUCUUACAGCCUGCACAGCUCAUGUGCCCGUCACUCUUUUAAUUUUAAAAGACAAAAUGGCAGAUGCUAGUAAUUCACCAGAAUGGCCUAUUUUAGUAAAGGGGUGGUGGGGAUAGGGGAAAUCACAUAAAAAACAUUUGAUGGAUUUUUGUUCAAGGGGGGGCUGUGCGUUUUUAUAUUAUGUAUUUGUAAAUGACACAUCAAUCCUUUGUUUUAUGUUUCCUGAAAGCAAAAUAUUUGUGACCUUUGUUUUAUAUGGGAGUUCUGUGUGCCACCUGCUGUGGACCAUUUUCUUUGCCUAGUGAUUAGUGAACCGUGUUCUUUGUCUAAAUAUUAAGUUUCAGCCCUUUGGUUUUGUUUAAAUACCAUGUCAAGUGCAAACUGAAAUUCUCCCCACUUAGCUUUGUUUAUUAAACUGAAGUUCUCUUCAAAACUUCUUGCUGAACGGUACUCAGAUGUGCAUUCAAACAUGGAUGUAUUUUGAAAUGGGUGCACUUGUCUUACCUGACAGAUGUGUAAAUAGAACUUUUGUAAGUCAAAUCCUGUUGUCCCUUUGAUUUAAAUCAUGUCAGUUGUGAUGGGUCUUCUUCAGUUUUAAACUUCACUUUGCUGCAUUUUGGCCCUUCAGCUUCUAGGCUUUUUUUUUUUUACAUUUCAUCUCUUAUCAAAUAUUUAUUGCUUUAAAAGCCAUGUUGCCAGUUCAGUAGGGAAAAGGACUUUUUUAUAAAGACACUCUGGGGGAAGAAAUCAGGAAAUGCUUUCAUGUGUGCUAGAAAUCAACCCACUUCAAUUGGUUUUUAAGUUUUUGUGCACCAGGCUUUUACUACAUUUUUAACGGGAAAUUGGAAGUGUCAUCCAAAAGUGUUGAUUGACAAAAGAGCAAAAGGAACUCAUGUGCCCGUCCUUGAGCUUCAGCAUCCCUGUCUAGCACAGGGGCCUUCUUCUCUGCCGCCCCGUCCUCCCUGUUACGUCGUGGGCUGUGUCAGACAUGGUGGCAGCAGCACCCCCCCCAUGGGGGGGGGCUGCAGCGAGUGCCUCCAAGAGAUAAGGCCCUCCAGGCCACAGUUUAAUCAUUACUCCUAGAAACAUGAGCAAUAAUGCCUUCAAGUCCUCAACUAUCCAAAUUCCUAGUUUCCUGUUGUAAGUGCAUCCCCCCUCCCCCAGGAAGUUAGGAUUGGUUGAUAAACCUCUGAAGUCUUUUAAUCUGAUGGUUCCCGUCUACCUUGUCUGUUUCACAAGAUAUUUUUUGUUAGGUGUUAGUUGUGAAUUAAAUUCACGUAGUGGCCAGAAGAAGUGUGCUGUAACCCUGAUCCCUCCUGUGUUCUUUGGAAUGGGCACUCAGCCCUGCCCCCUGGAAGCCUGUUGGUUGGGCGAGCGGACUGGGGACAAGCAGGAACUGCCACCGAGGAACCCUGAGUAUCUCCUCACCUGUCCAGGCUGCCGUGGCUUCCUUCCUGCUGCUGCACGUUUCGCCGUUCCUCUCAGGGUUGGCCAGUCUUCUACCCUCACUUCAUGCUUUCUCGUGUCAACACAGGCUCAUUACAGAAUUGAACCCGCUCGGACUUGAGCUCAGGGUGUGGACGGUCCUAGAGACGGACUGUCAGGAACAUGUGAGUGGGUUUAUGUGUUUUCCCCAGGAAAUCAAGAACUGAUGGUAGAGAGAAGCACGAAUCACCAUUUGCGUUACUGGCGUGUUAGCGGAAGACCAGUGCUUCAGGCCUGCCAGCGCAGGUAGGUCGCUUACCCCCACAGUUCCGUCUCACCUCCCUGUCGAAAUGAGCGCCUCAUACUAUAGUACAAACAGGGCUUAACGUUCCGAAAGGAUUCUUCCUUCAUCCUUGUGACAGAUGGGAACAUCGUUUGAAUAAGACAGCAAAGUCUCAGGCCUUUAUGUAAUAAAAUACUUUAUUAGAGUCAGUAAUCUAUUAAAAUAACAUCCUUCACAACAGAGCUAAAGUGCACGUUUCUCUCUCGUACAAAUCACGCACUUCUGUCAGGCUUCCUCGGUGUGCUUAUAAAACCAAGACGAUAGAAGAGUUCAGGGGCAGAGAGCCCUCUGCCCUGAACUCGUAUGGCAGCAUACGAGUAUGCAAAUAUUUUUCAUAAAGGUUUGAAUAACUAUCCCUUGGGGCCACUUCACAAAGAUUUCUUAAUCUUUCAGAAAGCUACUCUGUGCCUGUUACACAGUUAAAUAACUUUAGAAACAUCUGCUACCUCAGAAGAGUGACCUCCUUCCUGUCAGGGUAUGACUUCCCAAGUCAGAGACUACACUUUGUAUGUGUUCACCACCAUUCCGACCCUGACAAAGUGCACGACAGCGUUGGACGUCCCCGGGCCCUGUCACUGGCAAAGGAACCCGUGGCCCUUUGGACUCUGAGCAGCACAGCAGUGGUCAUCGCGGCACCUGGACCGACAUGCUAUUGAUAAAGGGUCUUCUCCCAUAGAAUGAAGACUUGGAAACUUGGCCGUAUCACAUAGGACAUUUUAUCAUUUUACAAGAUGCUAGAAAAAUAAGGCCACUCCAAGGCAAUCUCUUCUGCUUCCCCGAGGGGACACGGGACAGUACAAGGGCUGGGGGAGGUGGGGGUCAAGUCAGUAAGUGGAGAAGACUGCAUGACAAAAGGGGCACAUCCUGCCUGGCUGAAAGGUUUUUCCUGGUUUGGUAGAAACUCCCUCUAAUUCAUUAUCAAAAAUGCUAAUUUGGU